AUGUUGGAUAGGACAGAGUUGAGGAGAAGAUAUGAGACCGUGAGGGUUAUCGAAGAUAGCAAGAAUAAAAUCAUCGAGGCAUGCUUCGCAUACAAUGAGCUUCUUUCGCAUGUCCAAAGCCUCGAAAGGGACCUCCAACACGAGAAGAAUGAAUAUCAAGACCAGAAGAAGCUGGUUCAGGUUUACCGGGAAGACGCCGAGAAAUGCCAGUUAGAGCUGAAUGAGAAGUCUCGCAAGGAGGCGAGGUUGAAGUUUGCAUUGGUACUUGUUGAUGGCGACCACAUGAACUUCAGGGACGAGUUUAUUCAAGGUGGACAGAAGGGCGGUCGCUUCGCAGCGAGAGCUCUCAUUAAGGCAGUUCAAGAUCAUGUCCGAAAGGUCGAACCUGCUGCCAGCCCCAAUAUCUACUACAAGAUUCGGGUGUAUGCAAAUGUGGCUGGUCUAGCAGACACGUAUCACAAUAACAGCAUUGUCAGUUCCAAGAAUGUGCUGAACUCUUUUAUCCAAGGGUUCAACAUGGAAGAUACACUGUGUGACUUUGUGGACGCAGGUAAUGGGAAGGAAUGCUCUGAUGUGAAGAUUGAUGGUGAGAUAUUGCUGUCCAUUGAUCCGAGGGUGAAGGGUUCUCUAACAUAUCCUCCAGCUCUUUUCGAGCACUAUUUUCUAGAUAUUCAUUGCCAACACAUCAUCUUCUGUGGAUCUGGGGACAACGGUUAUGCCCGUGUACUGGGACCCCAUCGCGGAUCAGACCAUAUUUCAUUGGUAGAGGGUCCACCAUUCGCUCGUGAACUGAGAGAUCUGGCAUCCGACUUCGAGACAACCUCGUUCCCCGAGGUCUUUCGGUCGAAGAAGAUGUCUAGAAAAGUAUCACUUGGCGACACAACGGCUACUCCAUUGCCUACACCGCCGCGGACGCCGACUCCAAACUACGCCUCUAUAGCGAAAAGAACGCCUCCAAUAUCGAACGAUAGCACCCCGAUGACCAAUACAUCUACAAAAGCACUUGCAACCAGCAGUCUAAAGUUGGUCGUUUGUAAGAACGCGAAUGGUCAACGUGUUGAUAGCCCGUUACAAUUUUCCACGAAUGGAAAACUCGAGGCUCUCAAGCGUCACAGAUUCUGCUACCAGUUUUACAUAUUGGGAUCUUGCUCAUGGGGAGAGACUUGCACCUACAACCAUAAGCCAAGACUCGUUGAGCGAGAUGUAGUUGAUCUGAUGUGGAUCGCCCGUUUAAGUGCCUGUCCCAAAGGCUUGGAAUGUGACGAUCAGAGUUGUGUCACUGGUCAUCGUUGUCCCCGUGAAAGUUGUACGGGAAGUGAUUGCAAGUUCCCCCAUGGCGUUGACACCAGAAUCGUCACCCCAAAUUGA